AUGAUGCUCCCUCCCGCUAUUAGGCCGGAUUUCAAUUCUUUAUUUAAAUGUUUACUUUGUUCUAGGGCGAAUUCUGCUGUGAAGAAAUAUCUUAAGGAAAUAAACAAGUUUUUACUGUGGUGUAGGACUCGGAAAAUUGCGCUACUGUUGCCAUUUUCUUCUCCUGUUGUCGCCCUUUAUCUAUUUGGCUUAGAUCAACAGCUUAGGUCUCCAGCCGCAAUGGUUUUUGUCCAUGCUGCACUGAAAUGGUUCCAUUCCUUUGUUCCUGAUGAUGGUCCCAAUCCUUUGGAUAACACUUGUUGCAAGAACUUCAUUGACUGCGCCAAGAGGACAAGGAGCAAACCAAUUCACAAGAAAAAGCCUGUGCACCCUGCUAUCAUUAGAAGCAUUAUUGACAGACAUGGCACUGAGGAAGCAUCUUUAAAGGACUUACGUAUUGCCGCAAUAAGUUCUUUAGGUUUUGCAGGAUUUUUUCGUUUUAACGAGUUGGCUAACAUUCAGCCAAAACACCUCACAUUUUGCUAUGGUUUUGUUAAAAUUUUUGUGCCAGGGAGUAAAACGGAUGUAUAUAGAGAGGGCAAUUAUGUUUGUAUCGCUAAGUUAGAGAACAAUUACUGCCCAGUAGCUAUCUUACGUAGGUAUAUUGAAGCAGCCAAUUUGGAUCUGUCUAGUCACUUGCCUUUAUUCAGGCCAUUAACGUAG